AUGGACUGUAACAAGGAAGAGGCCUCUAGGGCGAAGAAAAUGGCUGAGGAUUUGAUGCGGAAAGGUGAUUUCGCCAGGGCUCAGAAGCUUGUAACUAAGGCUCAGAGACUCUUUUCAGGUCUUGAUGGUUUACCACAAAUGUUAGCCGUCUGUGAUGUUCAUUGUUCUGCCGAGAAGAAGAUCAACGGUCUCGAGAACUGGUAUGGUAUUCUUCAAGCUAUGCAUUUUUGUGAGGAUGCUACCAUCAGGAAGCAGUACAGGAAGCUCGCUUUGCUUCUCCAUCCUGACAAAAACCAGUUCGCCGGUGCAGAGGCUGCUUUCAAGCUGAUUGGGGAAGCUAACAGAUUGCUUGGUGACAAGGAGAAACGGACGCAGUAUGAUAUCAACCAUAGAAUCUAUUCACGGGUUGUUAGCAGACAGUUGAAUGCAGACUCAGGUUUACAAUGUGGAAGUGCACAUAGAAACGUGGGGUCUACUGGUCCUCAACAAGGAAAUGCUGCAGCUGAGGUGGAUAAGAAAGAAACUUCCAAAGAGAAACCCAACAAGAAUGGUGGAGGAGGUGAGAACCAAAAGGCUGAAGUAAGAAAAUCCCAAUUAGAGAAAGAAUCGAUGAACUGUGGGGAGUCAAGUAAACCCAAGGAAGUUUCAAGGUCUAGUCAAGCACCCUCAAUGAGCAAGGACAAAAAGAAGAGGAGAAAGAUUGUUGAGGAGCCGGAGGAGAGUACCAAUGUCACCUUCUCUGAUGUUUUUGAGGAUAAAUCAAAUCCAAAAGAUAAUAACAGGAGGAAAUCUCCACGGAAAAGCCAGCAAGCUUCUUGCGAAGAGAAGAGAAAAAGUGGUGAUGCUAUAAGCGCUGCCACAAAAAGGUCAAAAUCAAUUGAUGGUUUGAAGCCACAGCCUAAGGCUGCAGAACCAGAACAAAGUGCAUCAAAACAUGUACCUUAUGAAUCAGUUUCAAGAUCUAGUCAAGCACCUUCAAUGAGCAAGAACAAAAAGAAGAGGAGAAAGAUUGUUGAGGAGCCGGAGGAGAGUACCAAUGUUACCUUCUCUGAUGUUUUUGAGGAUAAAUCAUAUCCAAAAGAUAAUAACAGGAGGAAAUCUCCACGGAAAAGCCAGCAAGCUUCUUGCGAAGAGAAGAGAAAAAGUGGUGAUGCUAUAAACAUUGCCCCAAAAAGGUCAAAAUCAAAUGAUGGAUCAUCCAAACAUCGUGAUUCUGGUGGUUUUUCUUCCCCUUCAUGUGACAAAAAGAGCAAAGGAAAUGAAGCACGUGGAGAAGGGAUUACGCAGGAUUCACCUGAUCAAGACUUUCAUAAUUUUGAACUGACAACAAGCUGUUUUGCUGUCAACCAGGUGUGGUCUCUGUAUGAUCCCACUGAUGGUAUGCCUCGGUUUUAUGCUCAGAUUAGAAAAGUGAUCGAUUCUGAAUUCAAGCUGGAGAUUAUGUGGCUUGACCCCUUACAGGUUCACAAUGAAAACUCCAUCCCCGUUGCUUGUGGAAUAUUCCAAGGUAGUGAGUCACAGGAAGUAGACGACCCUUUUAUUUUUUCUUGUGAGAUGCUUCACAGAAGUCGUGACAACAACAUCGUCAUUUAUCCAAGAACAGGGGAAGUUUGGGCUGUUUUCAGAGGCUGGGAUAUCAGUUGGAAGAGUGGUAGCUCGGAAAAUCACAAAGUAGUUUAUGAAUAUGACUUUGUAGAAGUUUUGUUUGAUUUUGACGAUGUGAAUGGCGUUGGAGUGGCCUACCUAGGAAAAGUGGAAGGGUUUGUCUCCCUAUUUCACCGAGAUGCAAAGUGUGGAGUUCUCCAGUUUCAUAUUCCACCAAACGAGAUGCUUAGAUUUUCUCACAAAGUCCCGUCGUUCAAAAUGACUGGAAGGGAGAGUGAAGGUGUUCCUCCAGGGUGCUUCGAAUUAGACAUUGCUGCGUUACCGAAAGAUAUGUUCGACGUUGCUAAUCAGAAAAAGGACUCAGUGAAGAAGGGAAAGAAGAGUGUCAAAGCAGUGGAUGGCUUGAAACUGAGAAAAUCUCCUCGUCUUGUGAGUGAAACAAACAAACAAGAAACUUCAAGGAAGAGUGCUAAGAGGGGUGCAUCCUGUGGAAAGCCAAAUGGAUCUUGUGUAUCUGAUGAGACGACGCCUACACCAAAGAAACCUGCAAAAGCCACCACAGGGAACUCAAAGAAACGUGGGAGAAAUGGUUGA